AUUUAUUUUUUAUGUUUCCUGGUUUGGGCUAGUUUUUUGUGACUGUUGACCCUACGAUAUAUACAUUAAAUCGGCUAGGCAGUUCAAGAUGGAAUAUCUGAAAACUGGAAACGUUGACAUUGACGCAAAUGUUGAGGAAUGGAUGAAUGAUCUUAUGGAUGAGAUAAGUCAAAGUUCUGCAAUCCGGAAAAUCUGACGUUUUGCGACAUUCGUUGUUGACAGGGCUCAAUGCUUUUCUCUAGUUCACGUUUGCGGAGAUGUGUCCUUUCAACAGAAUCGAUUUGUUGUUUUGGCGAUACUGUCUAUCAUUUUCCGUCUUUCGCAUAAUGUAUCCAGAUUUGACCUUUGGUGACCUGGAAAGAGUCGGAAAUGACACUGCCGGAAGUAGACGAAACAACGGAAAUUGAUAUUUUCAGCAGAAAAUGCGCAGAUUUCUGUAGGGUAGCAGAGAUUUUUCUAGGACUGAUAGCUAUGUUUCCAGAACAUAUUUUGGCUUCGCAGAUUCAAACUAUAUAUGUGUGAAUACAAACUUUUGUAGAUUAAGAUUUCACAAACUGUUUGAAUUGUAAGAUACUUAAAAUUGGUGAGUGAGCAUAUCUUUCCAGGAUUGCCUACAUGGUAUAAUCAGAAUGAUUUAUUAGAAAAACAAUGAAUAGUUAAGUGAUCAUUGUUCUGAAAAUAUUAUUCAUGAGUCCAUUUAAAAAAAUUCAUAUGGAAAAGUAAGAUAAACGACAGACAAUGGAAACUCCCUUUGUAAAUAACGAGAACAUUGCAGAGACCAGAACUGUUAUAUAUAGUCACAGAGAUAAACCCUUCAAGUCACCUGAAGAUCUACUGGAAAUAAUUGCAAGUCCAGAUAUUCAGAAUGUGAGCACCAAAGCCCCUUAUCGACCUAAAGCAGGAGAGGUAUAUGUCUACCACCAUGAUUGUAAUGAGCAGAGAUACAUAGAUAGAAAAGUCUGGUUCUAUGAUGGGUAUCGGUGGAGAAACAAAGGCAAGCAUAAGUAUCCUCAGCCUUCACCCAUGUUCGAGAAAACCUAUUUCACUGUUGACAGCGUUGACGCAGAUACUGUUGGGUUCCGUCGCUCCGUCUAUAUCCCGCUCAACAAGGAACUGAAACACAUGGUUGUGCAUUACUUUGGAACUGCAUCUUCUCCUGAACUGGUUGCUUUUGUUCAAAGUAUUGAUAUAUCAACAAGACACCGUACAUCUAGGUCAGAUUAUUUCGAAUCUGCGGACAACUCCCUAAUUAGUGACCAGAUGAAAUUUUCUGCUCUUAGUGCCAGAGAUGAGGGAAAUGUGAUGUCUGAGAUAGCCGAGAUGUCUCUCCCAUCCACAUCUGGAUUGGUUAAGAAAUCAACAGUACCAGUAGGCCUCAUUCCAAGUAACAACGGUUCCAAUGUAGAUGAUUCAGAUGAUGGUGAAUUGGACACAUGGAUGGGAAAAGAUGGCGACGGCAGUUUCAAAUUUAGUCAUCAGACAUUCACAGAGAUUAUGAAAAUAUGUUUUAAAAUGAGGAAUGACAAUUAUUUUUGGUCAUUCAGCUCAGCUCCGGAAGUCAUUCUGAUAUUUGGGAGCUGUGACCUGUGUUCCGACCUCAAUGACCUCUUGUCGACACAGGAUGACACCAUACAGUGUCUGUCUUAUAGCACAUCACCAUGUCUAGAUGGAUUUUUCAUAUCAGUCUUAUCACUUCAUCAUCCAAAGUUUAUUCUCACAGAAGCAAGCAGUCCACCUGUUAUCCCUCUUGUGUUCAUGAUCCACCAGAAUAAGUCACCCCUGUGUCAUACAAAUCUUUUCAAUCUCGUCGUGGAACAUCUUCCAGCAUUGAGGAUGGAAGCCAGUGAGCCAUCUCUUGCAAUUAUUCUUGGCAAAGAUCCAAACAUUAUGGCCGCAGUUAAGAAGUGCCUGCCAAAUGUCAUCACCCUUCUGUCUCUUUCUUUCAUCAGACGGGAAGCUCAAUGCUGGCUGACAAAGAACAUGCAUUCUAAACGAACUGACCGUUACGUGACUGAUCUAGAGGAUCUGAUGAGAGUCAGCUCCAAGUCAGAAUUUGAAUCACUUCUUCAGAGUCAUAAGCACAACUGCAGUAGAUCUUGGCUGAAUUUCUUUGAUAGUCAGCUAAAGAAUGACAUAAUCAGCCAUUGCAACAACUGGGUGCAGAUUAGAGACAAGGUCAUUCACAAGGAUGUCCUUGAGGAAAACCAGUGCUCUCCCUUGGAACAGGUGUUAUAUGACCUUGAACUUUGUCAUGAGGCAACCAUGGAUGUCCUGAUCCAAGCUUUGUAUUUCCUUCACUUGUUUAUCAGGACAGAGCUUCAGAGAGGGAAAAGUGGAUUUGGCUUGUACAGGCUUCAUGAAAAUUAUAUUUCAGAGUUUGGACAUUCAGUCCCAGUGAAUAGUCAGUUUGUGGGUAAACCUUCUGAAAUAGUUAAGCUGGUAAUGAAUAGGAAGAUAUCAAGUGAUAGUAAGACCAAGUACAGUGACCCCACCUGUGAGGUUCAUGAAGGGGAGUUAAUGCCAAUCAAGCAGGAGCCAGCAGGGGAAGAAGAUACAAGCUAUCUUGUUUUCUGUGACGGAAAUAUGGUUACUGAAAAUGAAAAUGAAGAAACAAAUGGUGACAGUUGUCUGACUGAUAGAUUUAGUGGUCAACGAAAAAGGAAAUUCUCAUCUGACAAUGUUGCAAACUCAUGUACUGACAUGAAGAAACAUACUACACUAAACGCCAAAAGAAAUGUAACCCUUCCCCCUUAA